UGCAGCCUGUGCAGUCCAUGUGAUCAGCUGGCAGACCGCAGCUUGCAGAACAGCAUCGGGUGUCAGAGUCACAGGAGGAGCACGCUGCAGAACUACCAGGAGAAUCCGAACGAAUCUACUGUAUUUCUGACUGAUCGUUAAAUUGAUCACAUCAGCAAUGGCUAGAAACCUCUUGAAAAAUCCCAGUGGGGAAGAGCAAAUGGAAUUCUGGGAGCUGAUAGAGAACGGAGGCAGUCAAUGGAGAGUGGAGGAGAUGCCUGGGGACUGUGGACACGACUUCGGCGAUGAUGGCAUCAAGACAUACUUUGCCACUUCCUUUGAGGCAUGCCUAAAAAGGCAGGUGGUUGACCUUGUGGCAGAGGGCUACUCUCCAGAAGAUUUAGACGGACAGCCAGCUGUCACUGUAGAAGACUGGUAUUGUGGACGCACAGACUGUGGUUGCACAUACCAAUUAACUGUAUGUCUGCUAGAUGAAAAUCAGGAGGAACUCGAGAAAUUUCAGCCUGACCAAGUAACCCUUGACCCAGACUCUGAUGACUGCUCUUGGAAACAGGUAACCCACACCUUCUCAGAGUAUGGCGAAGGGCUGCGCUUCAUCUCAUUUGAGCAUGGUGGACAGGACACCCGCUUCUGGGAUGGAUGGUUUGGUGUCAGAGUGACAGGCAGUUCAGUCACAGUUGAACUAUAAAGGCUACAUUUAAUUAGAAGGGAAUAGGAAUUCAAGGGAUGAACAUGAUAAGGUGUGGACCAAUUUGUGAGUGAGCUGGAUAGUUCUGAAUUGCAUAGGGCUUAGAGUGGCUACCUGACAUAUGUUUCUUAGGUUAGCAGUUUGCAUUAUAUUUAUUGAAAACGUUCUGAAACCUCCAAAAUCCAAAACUUGUAGGCCCUACACCCAGCAAGAAUUCCAGUUGUGUGUACUGAUACUACCUCCUCUUCCUAGUUACACCUACUGCUGCUAUGAUGCUUAACUUGUGCACUAAUACCUUAAAUGCUGUGACACUGAAAUGCACUUAGAAUAUAUUUCACAUGCAAAAAUAAAUUAGAUGACAUAUUUCCACUCUC